GUCGGCUGGAGGUGGGGAGUUUUUCCAUAAACAUGGUGCCUUCCGCACUAGUCCUGGGCGCGUCACGUGGUAUCGGCCGGCAGGUCGCCCUGACCCUGGCCGGUGCCGGUUACCGGGUGGGCGUGGCCGCCAAAACCGUCCAGGACACGCCCAGACUCCCGGGAACCAUCUACACCGUGUCGGACGAGAUAACCUCCCGAGGUGGACACGCCCUCCCCAUCCCGUGUAACGUGAGGAACCCGGAAGAGAUAAACAACGCAGUCAGCACAUGUAUCCGGGAGUUCGGGGCCCUUGACUUUACGGUGUACAACGCCGGUGCGAUUCUGUGGGAGAAAGUCAUAGACACGCCCCUUAAACGGUUCGACUUGAUGAUGGACGUGAACGUGAGAGGUGCGUACGUGAUGAUACAAGCCGUACUGCCGCACAUGCUGGAGAGGAAGGCGGGGAGGAUACUGCUGGUGGCCCCGCCCAUCUACUCCCGCUUUUUCAAGGGAAAGACGCCCUACGCCGUGACCAAAGUCGGGAUGACAGUACUAGUGCAUGGCUUGGCGAGGGAGCUCGAAAAUACAGGGGUCUCCAUAUCAGCACUGUGGCCUGCAACGACGAUAGAAAGUCACGUGACCACGGUGAAGAGCGUUCCUCCAGCGUACUUCAGGAAGGCUGACGUCUUUGCCGAUGCCUGUCUGGCUAUUGGUCAGGAACUAACAGAAAGGUUAAACGGCCUGGCUCUAAUAGACGAGGACUACCUGCGGACUGUGGGGGUUACGGACUUCUCUAAGUACCAAUGCCUGCCGGGGACGGAGCCUCCCCGCAUCAUGCCCCGCCGGUUCCCGUCUCUACGGGUGGAGGAGGAGGACCAAGUCACCAUACCGGACUCCAAAUUAUAGUCUCAGAACUGUCACCAUAUAGUUUUAGAACUGUCACCAUACCGGGCAACAAAUUAUAGUUUCAGAACUGUCACCAUAUAGUUUUAGAACUGUCACCAUACCGGACAACAAAUUAUAGUUUCAGAACACUGGAACUAGUGACAGUGUCUUUUUUGUUCGCGAUUUUCGCGGUGACCUCCUGAACAAUACAGAUUUUCUCUCAGCAAUGUACUUUGCGAAGGUUUUUUCCCUGCCGCGAAAGCAAGUCCACAUAAACAUUUGAACACAUGAGUUUAUGAAUUUACCAUGUAUAACUUCCAGGGCGGGGACUGUACUUGUGUUACGUUUUGUGAACAAAGUUCGGGUUAUAGACAUACUCUUAUAUACAUGUAAUGGACACAAGCUACAGUGACCAACAUGCGCACGAUUUUCGCAGACACUGGUAUCGCAUCACUCUCCAUCACUCUUUCCCACUCCCGACUGUUACUGUUGGGAAAAUAAACUUAACUUGAAACAUCCACUGGUUGGAAAACACACACACGAUACAAUGCGUUCAUGAUCUGUAUUUGCUUUAAUCAUGUAGUUCAUGGAAUUCAAAGUAGUGCCGUCAACAAGUGGAAAGGUGAUUUCGUUGCUUCUUCGUCGUUGUAUCAUUUGUUACAGAAUAGUUCACUGCAGCUGGGUGAAAAGGCUACAUAAGGUAUUUCAAACGGCCAACACACAGGUAAUUUGUAUAACACCGUAGACGACAGAAGAAUGGUGGCAUGCCACAUGCACAGGAAACGUAUGACGGUCUGUCACUUAUGUAGUUGCAGUGAUUCAAUCUGUAACAAAUAUCGUCUACCUUGAUGCCAACCUUCUUUGAUAUAUUAAUUGAAUAGCAUCAUUUGAUGGAGCUGCCUAGGCUACUGAAGCUGCGUAUUACUACUACUAUUGUUGUACUGUGACUUUUGUUGCGAUUGAAGGAUUCUGGAUGGAGUAAU